CGCUUUUUAUGAGCCGGGUCCGGCGGGAGAAAUGCCCGGAUGGAUACAAAAACCGAAAUCGAGGCCCACUUUCUAGUCUAUUCUCCCUUAGGGGAGCAGCAAAGGUAUAAAGCCGAAAGGGAGGGGCUGAUACGCCAGGCCAGGUCCCCUUCCCAAAGUGCGUGGGAGAGCUCGGACGGAAGUCUCCGGGUCUAAGGCAAUCAAGAUUCGCCUGCCUCGGUUUCCGAGUCUGCAAAAAGAGGCGGGGCUAAACCAACGGAGCUCGGGCCUAGGGGAGGUCAUCGUGGGGCGGGUCUUCCUGUGCGCCUCCUCUUCUGAUUGGAGAAUGUCCUCGCCACCUCCGCCAAUGACCGCUGAGCUGGGGGCAGGUUCCCGCGGUGGCUAGAACAGCAUGGCGGGGCGGCUCCUGUGGAAGCGGGCCCAGGAGGCAGCAAUGAUCCUUGGAGGCGGAGGCCUGAUCUUCACCUCCUACCUGACAGCAGUAGGAGAUGAGCACUUCUAUUCCCAGUACUUGAUGCCUGUGUUACAGAGGAUGGUAGACCCAGAGCUGGCUCACAAGCUCACCAUUCGCUGUAUUGCAAUGGGACUCCUCCCACGCCCAGCCCUCCCAGAUUCCAGUAUGCUGGAAGUACGGGUUCUGGGCCAUAGAUUCCGAAAUCCUGUGGGAAUGGCUGCUGGCUUUGACAAGAAUGGGGAAGCAGUGGAUGGACUUUAUAAGAUGGGCUUUGGUUUUGUUGAGGUAGGAAGUGUUACCCCAAAACCUCAAGAGGGAAACCCUAAACCCAGAGUCUUCCGGCUUCCAGAAGAUCAGGCUGUCAUUAACAGAUAUGGAUUCAACAGUCAUGGACUCUCAGCGGUGGAGCAUCGGUUAAGGGCUCGGCAACAAAAGCAAGCUAAGCUCACUGAAGAUGGGAUGCCACUGGGAAUAAACUUGGGAAAGAACAAGAGCUCCUUAGAUGCAGCAGCCGAUUAUGUAGAAGGAGUUCGAGUGAUGGGACCGUUGGCAGAUUACCUGGUGGUGAAUGUUUCCAGUCCUAAUACUGCUGGACUGAGGAAUCUACAGGGAAAAGAUGAAUUACGACUGCUGCUAACCAAGGUGCUGAAGGAGAGGGAUGCUUUGCAGGGUGGACAUAAGCCAGCUGUGUUGGUGAAAAUCGCCCCGGAUCUCACAACCCAGGAGAAAAGGGAGAUAGCCAGUGUGGUCAAGGAGCUAGGCAUUGACGGGUUGAUAAUCACCAACACAACUGUCAGCCGCCCUGCCAGCCUUCAGGGUGCACUUCGAUCUGAAGUAGGAGGACUGAGUGGGAGGCCUCUACGAGACUUAGCGACACAGACCGUGAGUGAGAUGUACUUACUCACCCAAGGCAAAAUUCCCAUAAUUGGAGUUGGUGGGAUUAGCAGUGGGCAAGAUGCACUGGAGAAGAUCCGAGCUGGUGCCUCCUUGGUCCAGAUGUACACGGCAUUUACCUACGGGGGACCACCAGUGGUCAGGAAAGUCAAGCGGGAGUUAGAGGCCCUUCUGAAAGAGCAGGGCUUCAGUCAACUCACAGACGCCAUUGGCGCGGAUCAUCGGAGGUGAGCCAGUUUUUCUUUGUGGAGUGCAAAGCCGUGACCUUCACGGGUGGAAAGAAUCUGCCUUAAAGUACGUCACCCAUAUCACAGGAGCCUUGAUUCUCUGACUUGCCUGCAUUGUAAAGGACAGUGACAUGGGCCUCAAGUUCUCAGAAGACUUUCCUCUGUGGCCUGCUCUGACUUGAAGCCUCAAUCAUGAUUCUUUUAAAUUCAAGUUCCAAGAUCAUUUCUUGUGAACUUCCUAUACAUAAGAAAACUAUUUUGAAGUGAAAGUCAUGUAAAGUUUGUGUUUUAAACCCUAAUCUCUUGUUGUAGGGCCACUGCUUCUACUCAUUCCCCUCAAAGUGUAGUAACUUGGAUCAAUGACUAGGAUAACAGCUACUCUGAGGCUGAACUGUGCUUCUCCGUGUGUCUGUGGAACCACCACUUUUCUCCUUGAGAAAGAGCCAGGCAAAGAUUUGCAGAGGAGACAACCCCAGCUCUUCUAGAUUUAGGAAUUUUUAAAGCUACUGCUCUGGGUCUUGAAAGAUGGAUGAGCCCAGGGAUAUAUUAGAGGUGGUGGACUGAAGAUACACAUUUUCAGACAUGACCAAUGCAGGAUUUGUGUGCUUGAUUGCAUAUUCAUUACAAGGUUUUUGUUUUUACUUUUUAAUAAUAAUAAUAAUAAUUAUGGCAUUUAUGCGGUUCUUUAAGGUUUACAAAGCAAUUUAUUUCACUUGAUCCUCACAAGAAGUAGGUGCCAUUAUUAUCUCCAUUUUUACACAUGAGAAAACUGAGGCUGAGAAAGUUUAAACUCGUCUUCACAGAUGAUUAGAGUCUGAAGCAAGAUUUGAAUUCAGGUCUUCCAACUCAGGUCUCUAAGUACUGUAUGUAUUCUGUCUACUGUAUUGGGAAAAAGAGAGGUAGAGGAGAAAGGGACAGUUUCCUGACCCCACAAAAAAAUGAGAAGCAAAUAGAAGGGAGGCACUACAGACCACAGGCUGGAUAACUCUGAUAGUUACAGAUGUCGAAUUUCUUAAACAGAAAAGCCAGCUGUACAUAGUGGAGAUUUGUAGUUUCCUGCAGUCCUUUUCCUUUCCAUUGCACAGGAUAUGCUGAGUUUAUUAGGUGUUUGUCAAAUUUAGAAUUUAAGACAAGAAAGCGGAACAAUGCCAAAAGGACAGAUGAGCAGGAGCAAUAGUCACAGUGGAGUGGGGAUGAAGGAUGAUGGUUAGAUGCCCUUGUGUGCUUCAUCUCCUUUCCCUCAAACAGGAAAGAAUGGCAAAAUGAGAAUGAGGGGGAAGAGGAAAGAAGAACUUCCCCCAUGAUGAGCAAGGACCAUAACAGACAUGGCUGGGCUGAUGGUGACCCUGAAGUGGCCAAAGCCCAAAGUGGUUUGGAACCAGGAUGAUGGGGUGCUGGUGUAUAGUGUGUGAGUUCAAGGUGUGCAGGAACUACAAUACCAAGAUGGAGCCCCCAGAUAUGUUCUAGGAGGGGAUAUUCCCCCUGGCAGGGGCUUCUGCAGGGACCCCUUCCUUGACUGAAAAUGAAGCAUGCUACUUUGAGGGAUGGAGUCACAGACACAUUGAAUCUGGGCUCUGCGGAGGUUUCUGUGGCACAGUGGUUGCACCUUUGACCUGAGGGUGAAGGAUGUUUGCAACAUCUGUGGGGAAAUCUUCCUAAAUGGCUUUGUGAAACUUAACACAUCCUCCAUGUCUCAACUCAAUUACAUAUAAUUUCAGUAGAA